UUGCUAUUACUCAUAUGUUUUCACUCUCACGGAUUGUAGUAUACUUUUCACUUUUUCAGUGACUACAUAUUUUUACAUUCAUUUUAAUUAAAGAAAACCAAACUAAAACUUAUUUUGCAUCGCUAUUGAAUUUCAUCUCUAUUUUUCAACUGGGUUGAGUAAUUUCAAACCCUGGAUAGUCAUUUGUGUAAGCUCUCACGUGUGGAUGAGCUUUCUCCAGUUUCAUUUCACUGCAUGUGUAUGUAUGAAGAAAAAUGUGGGGAUCAAAAUUUUGGUUCCACAUAUCGGGAUAAAUUAGUUUGGUUUAAAGAUUCUAUCGCUCAUGUAGUUAGUUUAAAACUUCUUUAGUAUUGUAUUUAGAUCCCUUAUAGUUGUUUGGUAAAGAGUAAAGCACAUUAUGUGGUUUCUGAUGUUUUAAACUAUGAUAUCAGGGAUAUACGUUUGAAUUUUCAAUUCAAACUUCAUUUUUGAAGAGAUACAGUAUGAAUCCUUAGUUUGUAACUUUGUAUUGAUGUUAUAUGAUAUUUUUGGGAAGAAAUAUAUUGUUUAUCUUGUUUUAAAAAACAAAGAAAAAAGGGACGGUGCAUUGAAGAAGGAAAAGGGAGUUAGAUCUGGAGUAUCUGACCAACGGUCCCAACUGUAAAAUGUAACUAAAAUCUUACAACACUAGUAAUAUCAUUGCUUGUUGAGGAAUGAUGAUUAAUUAAAUAUUUUAGUAUAUAGUGAAGAUAAAUUCGUUACUCAAUCGUAUAAGUUAACACUAAUUAUUGUUAUGUUUUUAAAAGAUAAACCGGAUCUAGAUCACCUGAUAUAAUCAGGAUUGUCAGGUUGAUUGCUUAGCAGAUUUCAUUCAAGGCAUUCAAACCUACCAAAAAAAAAAAAAUCUAUAGAUGAACAAAUUCUUGGUAGAGUGAACUGGUAGGAGAAUGAUUAUUCCUUUAGAGUUACUGCUUUUUUUUUUUUGCUAAACUACCUCGAUAACACUUUUUCUUCUUCUUAAAUCUGUUUUGAGAUCUUAUAAAAGUGAACCUUAAACACAUAGGUAGUAGUAGUACUAAUUCCACCACUAGAUAUACCUGUUCGUAAAUGCAAGAACAUUACGAUUUAUGCAACUUGAAAGACAUAUGCAACAACAAAACCGUAAAUACACAUGCACGCACAUACCGACUUGUGUACUGCGUAAAAUAUCAAUUCAUGUAAAGUUGUUUUUCCGUAAAAAUACUAAAAAAAUUGAAAAAGAAGAUAAAGAGAAGGCAUGUGCAUUCACUCAGUUCCACAUGCUCUCUCGCCAAUUAUUGUUUUAAGCCACUGUGCUCGGAGAAAAGGAGGGAACAUAGGGGAUAUUUUUGAUUUUAGGAUAUAUUAUCUUUUUAGUAAUAACGUAUGAAAUCAUUAUUUACCAGAAAUAAAUAUACUUAAUGAUACAUGACCGAAAAAAAAUAGUAAAUGAAAAAUGAAUAUACCCAAAGUGUACAAAAAAUUAAAAACUUGUAAGAAAUGACAACGGAUAUUAACCUCACCGAGGAUAACUUUAUAACGUAGGUCUGCUCAAUUUUUUAGUAUAUUGAUUUGUAAACUAUGAAAUGAAUAGAAAAUUUGGUUUUGUUAAUAAGUUUUCAGUUUUUUUUGGAUCCGGUUAAAUAGAGAACAUAUGAGAAAAUUACCAGGUUGGUUUUGCAAUAUGGCUACAAAAUGUAUAUAUAUAUAUAUUACAUGGAAGAUAUUUUCAGCUAUUUUCUUUCAUAUUUUGACUUACACUGUAUACAUUUAGAAAAUAAAUAAAUAACUAAUGAAAAUAAUUGGUGUGGCAAAAAAAUUAUUACGAGGGUUAUUAUAAGAAACAUGUAGGGUCGGGGAACGGCACGGCAAAGCACGGACCGUAGGACCCUUUAAAAGAAACCAUUUGGAUAUACAUUUCAAAAAAAUUGUAUAGUAAGGACUUCAAAGCAUGUGAUGGAUCACAUGGAUAUUGAUUACUGUCGAAAAAAGUUUAUAGAUCAUGUCAAGUUGUUCAAACACAUGGAUGCAUACAGUACAGAUGAUGAAAAUAUAACUUUUCAUACCAAUUUGUGUUAACAAGAAAUAAGAGAUAGUGAUCCUCAUGUCAACUUGUUCACACAUACAAACCAAAGUUGCAAGACAUUUGAGAUAAUUUUCAUACCUAGGGAGUACUGUUGGUUUCCUUCCAAAAAAACUCAAAUUUGAAAACGGAAUGAAACAUUCUGUGUUACAAUGUUGUCAAAAAUAAUUAUGAUCUUGUGAAAUAUUAAAUCGGAAACGACAAAGGCAAAUUUAAUUUCGAAAAAAAAAUUAUUAUCUUUGAUCCAAAUGAAAAUGUAGGGGUCAUAAUGUAAAAAACUGAAACGUGAAGACCCUAUGUGUGUAUAAUCGACAACUUGCAAAAUAGAGCUUUCGAGUUAAGGCUUUUCUCUCCUUGGCCGUCUUCUCACUCGCGCUUUCGAGUUAAGGUAUUUGUAACUUAGUAUUGAAUUUGAUUCUCUUUUGGGUACUUUUUAUGCUCUUUGUUGCUAGCAGAUUCUGCUAAAAAAAAUGAAUUUCUUGAACUCAGCAGCAUCCAUAUGCAGAAGAGUUAGUUUGAGGGAACUAAUCACAGAGGUCCCUGCUUACAAUGGCAGUGGCAUCUCCGAUGGUUCAUCAAGUGGGUUGAGUUUGGUGUUUAAGCGUUGGGCUACUAAGAAAACCGCUGGUUCCACCAAGAACGGUCGUGACUCUAAACCCAAGAAUCUCGGUGUCAAGAAGUUCGGAGGAGAGAAUGUGAUACCGGGAAACAUAAUAAUCCGACAACGUGGAACUCGGUUUCAUCCUGGAGACUAUGUUGGCAUCGGGAAGGACCAUACUCUGUUUGCUUUGAAGGAAGGACGAGUCAGGUUCGAGAAAAACAAGAUCACUGGUCGCAAAUGGAUCCACGUUGAUCCUAAGGGAGGUCAUGUUCUUCACCCUAUCUACACAAAAGCUGCUUCGACUAAGAUGGAAUUGGAGACAGCUUCUUCGUCGUCGUGAAAAAGACAUUGAUUCAACAAUCUAAAUGUGCCUUUCUUUUGUUAGAUAAUACUAUCUCUUGACAAAAAAGACGAUGGUAUAACAAUACUCAAUUCAAUAACAUAUGCUGUUUACGCCAA